UCGCUCAUCCUCAAGUCACAAUCGCUUGGGGGAUCUUCCCCAACAUCGACUGUUCCGUAGGCUGUGUCGAGCAUGUUUCCAUUUCCACCUGAGCAUGUUUCCCCAAGUCUGAGGAGUAGUAGUUAGUUAGUCUAGGACCGGGUUUCAGUAUCGACGGUUCUUCUUUCUGCUUCCGCUAAACGCGAAAAUAGUACUUAAGGUAAUGGUUUGCCAUGGCUCCCUCAAAUGGCAUUUUAUCACGCGCGAAAAACUCGCAGCAGCAACAGGCGAAGCAACAGAAACAGCAGAAGCAGCAGCAGAAGCAAGAGCAUGAGCAUCACCACCAGCGCGCGAAACGACCGGCUUCACCAACAACCCUGUCGUCCCGCGUCGCGCCGAAACUCGGCAGCCCUUACCCAAAUACGUCCACCUCGUCGUCACCUCCCGGUAAUGUCACACCCGUUAGUGUCUCAGGAGAUUCUAGAAUCCCAUUCACGCCCGACCAUGGCGUCGAAAUCGAGAAUAGGGUUUCGACUCCAGAUCGAAACGGUAUCGGAGUUACUGUAGCCGCCGGCGUGCCUGAUAAUGGCGUGGGGAUCGAGACUGCUAGGGUUCCGACGCCGAAUAAACUCGGAGUAGUCAGACUCGGAGUGGGUAGUACUGUCGCCGGCGGCGGCGUGUCGACGAUGGGAGUGGUGGUGUGCCAUUCGCACUCGGUGCAGUUCGUGCUGCGGCCGACCGACGGCGCGAUCCUCCACGCGAGCAAAGGAGCGGUUAAGACGCUCGGCUACUCGCCCGACGAGCUGCUGUCGACGUCUCUUCUCCGCCUGGCCGCGCCUCUCCCGCUGAACGACUGGCGCGCAGUCGUGCAGCGCCUAGAGACGGCGCAAAUCGACUCGGCCGCGCUUCCCCUCACCCUCACGUGCCCCGCCACUGCCCCCGCCGCCGUUUCCGCCUCACCAUCCGCUUCUGCCUCCGCCUCACCCUCCGCUUCUGCCUCCGCCUCCGUGGCUGCUGCAGCGGCCGCGCUUCUAGGCGCGGGAGAAGGUGCGUUGGGCGGAAGGGGCGGAGAAGCGGGGGGAGUCCGUGCAGAAGGGGGAAGGAUUCCGCAGCAGCAUCCACAUUUCCCUGUAGAAACGCUUGGAGCGCCAAAAAGCAAAUCGGGGGAACUUAUAGCGGUUUCAUCCCGCCCUGACACACCUGGAGACUUGUUCACACUUUCUGGGGGAACUUCCCCUAUUAAUGUUUCCAGCCUCUCCCCGUCCACCUCGCCGUAUGCUCUAGACCCCCUUGCUGCGAUGUCUGAAUCGGAAGGGGAGGGGCGUGUGACUAUAGCGGGGGGUGGGGAGGGCAGGGGCGGCCGCAGGCAGUUCUGCAGGCAGAGGACGGCCUCUGGAACGGAUAUGCGCGGGUUUGGGAGUGACGGGGAUGUGAUUAUAACGGGGAUGAGUUUUGGCCCGAGUGAGGGAGUAGGAGAGGAGGGGGGUGGGAGAGGCGGAGGGGCAAGAGGAGGAGGAGGACGGGAUGGUGGUGGUGGAGGAGGGGGAAGUGCGCUAUUUAGCCUGGAAACUGAGGGUUCUUUCGAUGCACUACCCGUAUCCCCGUUUUCCGCCGCGCCAAGGCCUCUUCCUCCUCCUUCCCCUUGUGCUUCUGCUGCUAUCCCUCCGGCUGCCCCUACUGCUGCCUCUACUGGUGCUCUUGCCGGUUCUGCCGCUGCUGGUGCCCUUGCUGGUACUGCCACUGCUGACAGUGGGGGCGGCGACAACACCUGCAGUGUGGAAACAACCAUCGCCACUGCCACCGUCCCCGACAGCAUCAUCAGCAGCACCACCCCCACCCCCACCCCCACCCCCACCACUACCACUGCUGCUGUCCGAUCGGGCUCUGGCCUGUCUCCCGCGGGUAAAUUCUCGGAUUUCUACAGUGAGCCGUUCGGAUUGGGUGCAGGGGAGCGAGGGGUAAGAAGAGGAGGAGGAGAAGGAGGAGGAGGAGCGGGAGAGGGGGGGGAUGGGGGGGCGGGUGACGACGACGGAGGGGUGGGCUUCUCUGACCCGUCUCUGUUGCAAGGUGGUAGUCGCACCGGCUUCCGGGGGUUUAUGGGCUCUGGUGCGGGUCUGCUCCAAGGCAGGAGCAGUGGCACAAGCAGCAGCCGCACAGGCAGUGGCCACACAGGCAGCAGCCGCACAGGCAGCAGCCGCAUGGGGUUUAGGGGGUUUCUGGGGUCCGGGUCGGGGCAACUGAUAGAGAGUGAGCAGCUGGGAGUGGACACGGUUAAUCUGGAGCAGGUGGAGCUGCCUGUAGCGGGGAUGGAGGGAGCAGGGUUCUGGAGUGAGGAGGAGGGGAGGUCGUCGUUUGGGGAGCACUCGAGAGGGAGCGGUUGGAGCACUAGAGAGGGCGAUUACAGUGCUGGUGGUGGCGCUGGCGGUGGUGAUGGUGGCGGUGGUGGCGGUGGUGGAGAUAGGGGGGGGCAGGACAAGCAGCAGCAUCAGCAGCAGCAGUUCAGGAGCUUGGCUCGCGACCUCUCGAGCAACGGUCUCAAGUUUGCAGCUGACGAUUUCGUUUCAACAGGCCACGGGCCACGUUCUGUCGUGCAUGCACCAACAGGGCAUGGGGCGAGCAUCAAGGCCGCACCCGCAUCUCCCUUCGCCUUCCCUGCGAGCUCGUCCACCCCAGACCACACCCCCUCAGUUCCGGGGAUUCAAGGCUCCAAAUUCCCAGAGCCAGGACGGCAAUUUGCCGCUCAAAGCACUGGGGAGGCGGCGAGACAAGGGGAGGCGGUGACUGGUGGAGGUUCAGAAGGGAGGGCGGGCGCUUUUGAGUCGACGAGAAAAGAAAGCAGUGGGGGGGUGAGGAAUGGUGGGGGUGCUGGAGAGGGGGAGAGCAGAGAGAGGGGGGGCAGGGAGGAGGAAGACAGCGAGUGUGCACCCGCCAGAAGCAGCUUCAGCUUCAACGUUCCUCGCCCCCUCGUGCCUGUGUCUUAUAGCUGGAGUGGCGCCACUGCCACCGCCACUGCCUCUGCCACUGCUAAGGCUGGUGCUGCUGGUGCUGCUGGUGGUUCUGCUGGUGCUGCUGGUGGUGGUGCUGCACAUGGGAGGGUGGGGAGCGUAGGAGGAGGCGUGCAAGGGGGGGCAGAUGAAGGGGGGGGCCUGAGCUUGAAGGGAAGGCGACGCAGCAGGAGCAGCAGCAGAGGGGGGUUGCUGGAUGCUGCUGAUCCUGCUGCUGUGGCUGCUGCUGCUGUUGCUCAGCAUCAGGCAGAGGUUUCUGCUGCUGCCGCCGCUGCUGCUGCUGAUGGUGCUGCUGCUGCCGCCGCUGCUGCUGGUUCCGGUGCCGGUUCUGGUUCUGGUGUUGUUGCUGCUGCUGCUGGUGCUGCUGGUGCUGCUGCUGGUGCUGCUGCUGGUACUGGCGGCGGUGUGAGGGGCAAGUCUUCUUGGAUACGGAGCAUGCUCCGAUCCACGUUUGGAGCUGGAAAGGCCCCUCCCUCUCCUCGCCGCCCUGCUGCUCCUGCUGCUGGUGCUGCUGCCGGUGGUGCUGCUAGUGGUGCUGGUACUGCAGGUGCUGCUGCUGCUGCUGCUGCUGCUGCCGGUCCUGGUGGUGUUGCUGCCGUCGCCGCCGCUGCUGCUGCUGCUCCGGGUAGUGGGGCCAACAGUGCAGCAGAUGGUGGUGCUGCUGACAGCACUGCUAAGGGCAGGAAUAGUGCCGGGUGGAAGGGAGGGGAGGGGCGGUGGAGUGGGGAGGGAGAGAGGAGGCAGAGGAGUGCAAGUGGAGGGGAUGUGUUGAGAGGGAGUGGCUUCGGGGGGCCAGGGGGGGGAGGACGGUCGGCCACAACAGGAUCGCUGGAUUUGGGUCGCUCAGACCCUCACUCCCUGCCUGGUGACGCUGCUUCACAUGCUGCUGCUGCUGUUGCUGCUGCUGCUGCUGCUGCUGCUGCUCCUCCUGCCGCCUUUGCUGCUGCUGCUGGUGUUCCUCCCAGCGGCAGCAGAGAUUGCAGCUGGGAUGGCAGCAGGGGUGCCAGCAGCAGGGGUGAUAGUAGGGAGGCCAGCAGCAGUGUCAGGGAUGACAGUAGGGGGAUGAGCACGAGCAGCAGGGCUGGCAGCUGUGAGAUGGUGCAUGUGCCUGCGGUGGUCGAUCUGCAGCUCUUCCACAUAGCAGGCUGCUCCGACCUCGUUGCCACUGUACACCUGUCCUCUCCUCAUUCCGCGUCUCUUCAUGCACAACCCUCCAAGCUCAAGCCCACAAGGUCACAACCGCUACAGUCACCAUCGCAGCUGCAGUCUCCCUACUCCACGCCACUUCCCUUGCCGCAACCGCAUGCACACGCACAUCACCCACUGCAGUCAACGCAGCAGCCGCAGCAGCAGCAGCAGCAUCAGCAGCAGCAGCAGCAAUGGCAGCAGCCGCAUCAAUCCAACACAGCCCCGGGUGAAGCCCAGCCGCAGACACUCCAACCUCCACCCAAUCUAUUCCUCCAACCUCACCCUCACCCUCUUAACCCUUACCACGUGCAGCACCAUCCACAGCAGCAACAGCAGCAUUAUCAGCAUAAAGGAGCGUCCCAGCCCCCACUGGUGUCCCCCCGUCGGCCCCCUUCCCCCCAUGGUGUGAAUCACAGGCAACAACAGCAGCAGCAUCACCAGUUGCACCAGCAGCAGCAGCAGCAGCAGCAGCCGCAGCAACUCUCAUUACCGACCUCCCCAAUGCUCCCUCUCGCUUCUCCCCCUUCCUCGUCUUCCAAAUCCUUGCUCUCCUCCCUUUCACUCCCCCCCUCGUCCCCUCGGUUACCCUCCAAGCCCGCCUCUCCCCUCCCUCUCCUAAGCCCCCAACCGCAUUUCCCCUCAUCCUCCUCCUCUCCAUCUCCCCUCUCCUCUCCCUUCCCUCUCUCCUCUCCUCUCUCUUCGCCCUUAACCCCCACCAUCUCCUCCCCUCUCCCUCCCCAUCCUCCACCCCCCCACCUUUCCCCGUCAACCAACCUCGGUAAAAGAAAUCUGAUACAGUCACCCACGCCAGGCUCCAUAACGUGGGGAGAUCCUUCCUCUAAUCAAGAUGUGCUUACAACGGAAGCUGUGGAUAGGGGUAUGCCACUGCUGAACCUGGCAGGCAUAGGGGCUGUGACUCUAACAGGGGCAGAGGGGAGGGUCGCCCUAUGCAAUCCGCCGGCCAAUCGGAUGCUCGGGGGGAGAUUCUCGGCCAAUGGGGUGGCUCCGGUCGGAAUGCCAGCAUGGCAGGUGGAACAGCGGGUGCUGAGUGAUUUUAUUGAUGAUGCGUCGCGCGCGGCUUUUGUGUCCGACUACACGAGUGUGCACAGCGGCAUAUCCCAGCGGAUGCAGCAGGAGGUGAGGGUGCGCGCAGCUGACGGGGCCAUCAGAUGGGUGCGCCUCACAUGCCACCGCAUCACACACGCUAAGGCCCAGGCGCCUCAAAGCAGGCCAAACUGUGGUAACCUGGAGUCUACCUGUAGCCUCGAUUCGCUUUUGGAUGGUGGUGGGAAAGUGUUGGGUGGGGGAAGUAGGGGGGCGGCUGGGGAGGAGGGGGCAGCUGGUGAGGAAGGGCGGGAAGACGGAGGGGUUGACGCUUCAGCCGAGGCUGUUUUUGAGGCUCCUCGAGCAUGGGCAGGGGAGGGGGCAGCUGCUAUGGAAGGGCCGAGUAAAGGGCUUAUUGAAUCUUCAGCCAAGGCUGCACCUGAUAUGGCAUCAGCUGAAGUGGGUGAUGCUGGGGAGGCUGCAGCUGGGGAGGCAGCAGGUGGGGAGGCAGCAGCUGGGAUGGGGAAGGAAGGGAAAGAGGCUGGCAGCCUUCCUGGCAGGAGAGGCAAUGGGAGAGAGGUGCAGAGUGAAAGGGUUGGGGAGAAGGCGAGUGUGGGUGAGACAACGGAUGAGGAGGAGCAGGAGGAUAAUGAAACGCCCAGCGAGGGGGAGAGAAGGAGAAGGAGGCAUGAGAGAGCAGGCGAUGGGGGAGGCGAUUCUGAGAGGCGGAUAGCAGGGGAGGAGGAUGCAGAGGAGAAGGAUGGGGAGGAGAAGGAUGGGGAGGAGAACACGAGGAGAGGAGGGGAGGCGGAGAAAGAGGAGAUUGGGAGGGGAGGAGGGGAGGUGAAGACAGAGGGAGAGGAGGAGAAGGAAGGGGAGGAGGCGAGGGAGGUGCAGGUGCUGUGUUUGCUGGAAGACAUAAGCGACAGGAAGGCACUGGAACAAACCAUGUGGAAGUAUAAAAUGAUGGUGGAGAAUCUCCCUGGGGGCGCAGUGCUGAUCACCAGAUCGCUGGACGGCAGGGAGGAGGUGCUGAUCAACGGCACGGCGGCGCAGCUGCUGGGGUGCGGGCGGGGCGAGAUCGACACCAUGGAGAAGUGGUUCCGCGCGCUCUAUGGCUGCGAGAACGCCGCUAAAGCGCAGCGCAAGUACGAGGGGCGGCGAGUGCGGGCUGCUCGCAGCAACGUCUUCAACACCGUGCUGCCUAUUCGGCGCAAGGACGGCUCCAAGCUGCUGGUGGACGCCACAUCGUACUCCCUUGGAUUUGGUGACAUGUGGCUCGUCAACGACAUCACGGAGAGCCGCAAGAACCAGUUCAAGUUCAAGAUGCUCUUUGAGCUCUCGUCGGACCCGAAGCUCCUCUUGACCAAGGACGGGCGCGUGUUUGACUGCAACCAGGCGGCGGUGCGCAUCCUCAAGUGCCCCACCAAGGAGUCGCUGCUGGGCCGCACGCCCUGGCGCCUCUCGCCCCUCCAGCAGCCCACCACCAACCAGCCUGCCUCCACUCUCAAGGCAAUUCUCGCCCAGCUCGCCUCCAAUCAACCCUUCACCCGCCCCUCGGGCACCCACCACCAUGGCCUCUCACCCUCCGCUUCUCCCUUUCCCGCCACCACUGCCGCCACUGCCGCUGCUGCGUCCGGUUCGGCAGGAGGCUCGGCAGCAGCAGCGGAUUCCGUUGCUGUGCUGGGCCUGGCGGCGGCAGACUCGGUGGGAGGCUCGGGGAACCGGUGGCGGCGGUUCGAGUGGGUGUUUCGGGACGAGGAGGGGGGGGCAGUACUCGUCGAAGUCCUCUGCCGCAUGGUAGAAUUCUUUGGGGAGAACGUGUACCUCAUGGUGUGGCACGACAUGGCCGAGGUGAAGCGGAAGGAAGCCGAUCUGCAGCGCGCGAAGCAGGAGGCGGAGAAGGCGAGCCUGGCUAAAACCCAGUUCCUGGCGAAUAUGAGCCAUGAGAUCCGGACCCCGAUGAACGGAGUCAUCGGGGUGGCAGAGUUGCUGCUGGACACGCCCCUCUCUGACGAGCAGCAGAUGCUGGUGGACACGAUCCGGUCGUCGAGCCAGGGGCUGCUGCACAUCUUGUCGGACAUUCUGGAUCUGAGCAAGAUUGAGAACGAGAAGAUGGCUCUGGAGUUUGCGGAGUUUGACGUGAGGGAGCACCUCCUCCACUCGCUCUCACUCUACGAGAUGUCUGCAAGGGACAAGAAGCUGCAGCUUAAAUCACAUGUGAGCCGCGACGUCCCUUUGAGAGUGCUCGCCGACGCAGUGAGGGUGCGUCAAGUCCUCCUGAACCUGGUGUCCAACGCCAUCAAGUUCACCACGCGGGGCCGCAUCACCGUGCGCAUCACCACCGUCGAUCCCUCCGACACGGGCGGCAGCGGCGGGCGGCGGCGCGAGUCGUUCUCGUCCCUGGCGCCGCUGCUGCAGCUGGAGGAGCGGAGGGGGGGGCACGUGGACAAGGUGCUGCUGAAAUACUCGGUGUCGGACACGGGGAUCGGGAUCUCAAGCGACGUGCAAGGGAGCCUCUUCCAAGCAUUUACACAGGCUGACAACACGACUUGCCGCCGCUUCGGAGGCACGGGUCUAGGUCUGGCUAUCUGCAAGGCGCUGGUGAAUCUGAUGGGGGGCGAAAUCUCAGUGUCGAGCGUGGCGGGCAAGGGGUCGACCUUUGAGUUCACAGUGUGUGCGGGAGUGAGUGAGGAUGUGGACGAGUGUGAGGCAGUUAGUGAGGGGGAAGAGGAGGAGGAAGAUGAGUAUGAUUGGGUGUACAACAGUGAGGAGGAGGAGGAAGUGGAGGGCACAGAUGGUGGUGAUGAUGAGGGGGAGGAGGGGGAGGAAAAUGAUGGUGAUUCAGGUUCGGAGGAGGCCGAAGCUGAGGACUACUCCCGCCGUCGGACCACCCGAACCUCCCUCGAUUACCGAGCCUUGACCGUUCGAGGCUCCUUAGGCCUCCCGGUCCGGAGCCGAACCGUCGGCGCAGCUUCGGCAGCAAAUUCGCACCCUCCAAAGCUCAGCAUACCAGGCACAGGUUCGGGAAGCCGCAGCAAGAAGAAUGCAAACCGUGUAACCAACGGGGGAGCCGGAGUCUCAGCAGGUUCGGGCCAGACGUCCAGCCGAGGCAUGGCAAGCGCCGGACCAUUCUCUCCCACCACUAUUGCCCAAGCCAACGCUUCCGCUGCGUACAGCUCUGGUGGUGCCGGUCCUACCAGUGCUGCUUCUGCUGCCACCAAAGCUGCUGCCAGACCUACAGGUUCGGUAACCAGCGUCGGGAAUACGAGCGGCCGAAGCAUGGGCGGGCGGCGUCGUUCGUUUGAAGAAGCAGCCCCUGCGCUCCCGGCAGUAGCGCGGCAGUGGAGAGUGCUUGUAGCAGAAGACAACAAAGUGAACCAACUAGUGGUAACCCGCAUGCUCAAGAACCUAGGGCUGAGAUUUGACGUGGUGGAUAACGGGGUGCAGGCGUUGGACGCGUGUCUGAAGACACGGUAUGAUCUGAUCCUUAUGGACUGUCAUAUGCCUGAGAUGGACGGUUUAGAGGCUACCAGGAGGAUUAGGAAGGCUGAGGCGGAGAGGAGCUGUCGGAGCGAGUGGGAAAGUCGGAGCGAUGGGGGGAGUGGGAGUGAGGGGGAGAGUAGGAGUGAUGGUAGUGACGGGGAGGGUUUUGGGAGGCGAAGGGGAGGUGGGGGCGCUGCUGGGGCAGCGGGAACGGCUGCUGUGGCGGCUGCUGCUGCUGCUGCUGGGCUGGGUAAGGAUGGAAGAAGUAGCAGCAGUGGUGUUGGUGGCGUUAUGAAGAGACACAGCAGCUUUGGGAAGUCAGUGGCUGCAGCAGUGGCAGCAGCAGCAGCAGCAGGAAUCGGAGGGGGAGGAAGCAGCAGGGGAGGCAGUGGUGGUGGUGGCAGUGGGGGUGGCAGUGGUAGACUCAAUGUGAGCGAAAAGGGCCCGGGGAAACGGUUGGGGGAGCAGCGGUUGGGGGAGCAGCAGUUGGGGGAGCAGGGUUUGGGGGAGGAGCAGUUGGGGGAUCAGGGGUUGGCGGAGGAGCAUCGGGCGGUGUUUAUAGCGGCGCUGACUGCGAGUGCAUUUGACUUUGAGCGCGAGGCGUGCUUUGCUGCUGGGAUGAAUCACUUUCUCACCAAGCCCAUCCGCCCAAAGGACCUUCAAGAGCUCUUCCUCUCCCUCGCCAACUCAUGAGACGUGGCGAGAAUGGUUGACGUCUGGGGCCCUGUUGUCCAUAGUGACUUCCUCACCAAGCCCAUCCGCCCCACGGACCUCCAGGAGCUCUUCCUCUCCCUCGCCAACUCAUGGCAUGCAGCGAGCCAUGAGACGUGGGAAGGCGUGCUACCAAGGGUCACGUGAGCCUGGCUCGUAGGGCUCACUUCUGCACCAAGCCCAUCCGCCCCACGGACCUCCAGGAGCUCUUCUUCUGUCUCCCUCGCCAACUCAUGAGACGACACGAGAGGACAUGAGAGGACACGAGACGAGACCACUUGAGGCACAUCCAUCAGUGGGGUUAGUUGCAAGUGCUACCGAGGGUCAUUAGAGGCUGGCUUGUCGGGCUCACUUCCGCACCCAAGCCUAUUUCUGAGGCGCCUCAAAAAUAGACUGCUCACUUCUGCGUACCAAGCCCAUCCGGUCCGGCCCACGGACCUGCAGGAGCUCUUUGUCUCCCUCGCCAACUCACAAGGGAACAGGGGUUGGGGGAGCAGCAGUUGACAUGCGGAGUAGCAGUUGACACGGGGAGCAGCAGUUGACAUGGAGAGCAGCAGUUGACAUGGGGAGCAGCAGUUGACACGGGGAGCAACAGUUGACACGGGGAGCAGCAGUUGACAUGGGGAGCAGCAGUUGACACGGAAGGACAUGAGACAAGGUGGCACCUGGCAAGAUACGAGACUGUCGAGCCGUUUCAAGUGCUGGGAGGCUGGGAGGCUGGGAUUAGUGGUUUUUUUUGUGGGCGUGACGAGUGGCGUGAUUUGCGCCGAGUUCAUUCAUGGCAUGUGGCAUGAUAGAUGCGUGUAGACCUUCCAACCAAGGCAGGUCGGGCAAAGAGCAGCAGCCAGGGAGAGCAGCAGCCAGGGUGCAUUUGGCGUCUAUCAGCAGCAAUGGCAUGGUCAUCCUCCGUUGUCAGCAGCAGCAGUGGUGGCAGCAGUGGCAGCAGCGGCAGCAGCAGCAGCAGCAGCAGCAGCAGCAGCAGCCUCAGGAGCAGCAGCCGCAGCAGCAAGGAUGCACGUGGCUUCAAUUGGCAGCAGUGGAGAUGUCAUUCACCAUUGGCAGUAGCAACAGCAGCUUCAGUAGCAGCAUCAAGUAUAGCGGCAGUGGUAAAGGAAGCAACGAAGGCAGUAAAGGCAGUGGCGACUGCAUAAGAUCGUGAGGCAACAUUGGCAGCAGCAACUCCAGGUUUAGCAGCUGAUGCAGCAGCAGCAACUGCAUAGGAAGCAGCGACUUGUGCCAGGUGGUGCCCAACUUGGGACCACUCGUUAUGUUCUAGGUUGUGGAAAGAAAUAGGGAUUCUCCACUACAGCAUGAAGGAACGGUCAGUAUUACUGCUGGCCUUUUGCUCCCCUAGCCUAGACUUCUGGUGCAGCCUGUGGCACAAUAUAUCAGUUCCACAUGCAGUAGUUUUAGGUGUACAGAAAGUGUGUAAGAGUAGAUGUGUGUGGAAGUGUUCGCAUGCUCGUUAUCGUUGUUUCUUCUACCAUGGUUUGGUUCUGUAAACGCAUGCUAGUAUUUGUCAGACUGCUACAGCAGG